AUUUCACUUAUGGAGCAACGUAGGACCAAAAAUAGACCCUCAAUAAUCCCCAAAAUUAAAUCAAAUCAGGAUCGAUUACCCAAAAAGAAGAAGGUUAUUUCAAAGAUGAUCACUAAGGUUCACACAAAGUCUCAGGCCAGCAUUCCCACUUUCUUCAAGAGCAAGGAAAGAAGCUCUGAUUCUAAUAGAAAUUCUGAAAACAAAAGAGCUAGUGUGAAUUCAGGUACUAUUGCAACUACAACGAGUACUAAUAAAUAAGCUUCAGAAUUUCAGUAGCAUUGGAAGCUUGGGAACUUUUGGCAAUAGAAAGAAUAGCAAACAAAACCCCAAAGCUACUAUCAUCUCUGAAAGAGAGACUGCUACAGAGGAGCCUCGUGGUAAAAGCUCCCUUUCACCAGAGUCUGAUUAUAUGAACAUGGAGUCUGCUAGGAAAUCAAAUUUACCUUCCCAGAAUGAAAGCACGACUAAGAAUUUUAAGGACCAUAACCCAACUCAGACCUUCAAACGAGCAGCCUUAGUCCAAGCAAAGGCUGGGACUGCAUCCCAAAAUUAUCUGGACAAGGUUCAUUCUGAGAAGAAGCGUCGGACAAAUCAGUUCGGAUUUCAGCCUAAAAUCUCUCCAAAAUUAGUAAAAACUGGACGUCGGAAAGAAGCCAUUGGCAACAGAAGCCCUGAUGCAAAACCUAUUAAAGAAAGUAGAACUGUCAAAGGCAUGAGGAAGCAGUUGGAAAAACUACAAAAUAAAUACCAUAAGAAGAAUACUCAGAAGAAUUGGAGCAAGUUUAAUACCAAAGCUUCCCAAAUUAUUGAAGAAGAUCUCAGGAACGAAGAAAAGUCACCGCCAAAAGCUCAGAAUAGAAAAUAAAAUGGUGUUGAAGCAGCAAAUGCCAAUAGUUGUAAGAAAGACAGA